AAUUAGCUGACGUCAUGAGACUGAUUCUGUUCUUAUAAAUCAAAAGUAUUUUUCAACUACAGCAGCCAGUAUCAGAUAUAGUAAUACAUUUUACAAGCUCGAUGGAUUAAGUGAUUUCACAGGUGAUAUCGACAUUUUUAAGGAAUUACACACACACCAUUGCUCACCAAUCCGUAUCAGUGCUUGUGUGGUGAACAAGAUUUCAUUGGAGUUUAUCUCAACUGGUUGGACGAGCCGCACCCGUGGAAAGAAAAGGACCGUUGUGUCGCUCAGGUGUUUACUCCAUCUUGGUGCUUUGUGCUGGACGGUCACAACGCUUACUAAGGACGUUUCAUCUGUUCUCAAAGUUUCUACCAUGAAGAUUUGGAUUGCACUUCUUCUUGCGACUUUCGCAGUGGGUGCCUCAGCUCAAUGUAAGUUCAUUUAAUUUAGGCAUUUUAACAAGGUGAACAAGGGAAAGGUUUAUUCGCAUGUUAUUAUUUUCUAUGAGAAGACAUGCCUUUAAAAAAAAAAAAGAAGAAAGUAGACAUCUCUAGCCAAUUAUGAUAGUUCGAGGUUAUUGGUUCCAAAAUUGAUAGCUAACAAUUAACUUUUUUUUAUUUUGACCUCUGCGUUUCGCUGCCUAGCCUUAGACAACCAGCCAGCCCUAAUCAAGCAUUUCGGUAUGAUAAACCAAUUGUUUAUCGCCAAAAUAUUACAAUGACAUUACAUGUUACGCAAUUGUAUUUUCUUUAUACAUUGGACUUAGUUAUACACCAACGAGACAAGUUUCGGUGCGCUAAAGAGUGGGGGUGGGGAGGUAUUGUUUUGUCUAACCAACGCCCAGUUCGCGCUCUACCUGUAGGCCUACACCCUCCAUGGGAAUUCCUUUGGGACUUGCUUUUAACUGCCUCCGCUCUAAUAAACAUGGAUAUUUCAACCAGGCAUGUUACUCCAUUACAUCACCUGUUGUUGGCCUCAUGGUAGUCUGAUUAGUCAGGCUGUAAUACACAAUUAAUUGGUAUAUACAGCCUAAAACGAAAGCCUGUGAAGUCGUGUAAAUGUUCCUUACAGGCCACACAUUAAAAAUAAUUUUACCUCGGUGCCAAACCGAACCAUAUACCUACCGGCUCUCUAAAAAGUCGGGUAAACAAUACUUUCCUGUGGAUAUUUUGUCUCAAAUGUCGAGCAGCUGAAGGACAAACCGCACAGAACCAACUGGUAGAAUAGUUUUAAAUGUCAAAAAACAUUUCUCAACAUUCUAGCUUGUAAGGAGCUGUACACGAUUUUGCAGGCAUUAGUUUCAGGCUGUACCAAUUGUGUAUUACAGCCUGAUUUAAUCAGACUAGCCUCAUGUAUAAUUUACUGGUUUAAUUUGUCUUCCACAGGCCAAUGUAACAAUAUGAAGUGGGCUACAUGCGAUGGAACUCCUUGCCAGUGUAGCAUUAUGGUUGGAACUGAAUUGACACAAAACCUGAACUGCUCUACAUGUAAGUACCUCUCUCAUUACUAUGUCAAGCAACAUUAAUCUCAUUUGAGAAACUUUUAAUACUUCCUGUUAUAAAUAUUACAACUAGCCUACAGACAAAUGUAAAAGGGGUUUGUGGGUAGACACAGUUUUUCUGGGACUGGCGUGACUUGUUCUCAUUCAGUGUUAUUUGGCCUAUGAAUGAUUCUUAUAUGGUCUCUUAUCCCUCUCCUCUGUCAGUGAUCCCCAAAUGCUACCUGAUGAAGGCAGAGAUGUACCGUGCUAAGAACAACCUGUCCACUCGUACUGGAGGAAAGCCAGUCGAGACCGCCUUUGUGGACAAUGAUGGCAUCUAUGACCCAGAAUGUGAGGCCACUGGUGCCUUCCGGGCCAAGCAGUGCAACAACACUGAGGAGUGUUGGUGUGUCAACAGUGCUGGCGUGCGCAGAACCGACAAGGGAGACAAGAACCUCAAGUGUGAGAAACUGGUGGAGACCUAGUAAGUUUCUAUCAUGUAUCUUGUCAUUCCUUGUGUAUUUAGAUUAAGAAUCAUGGGUUGCCGUCAUUUAUGAAGGAUGUGGCUUCAGCUUUAAUUGGUGUACAGACUGAGCACGUGUUAUGCUAGUGAAACAUACAUUCAGGAUGAUUAAGAAAAGGUAUGCUAAGAAAAGGGAUAUGAUGCAUCUAAAUUCUGAUGACUAGGCCAUUGUACCGAGUAUUGAAAUCUAAUCUAACCCCGUCCCUCCCUCUCUCCUACAGUUGGGUUCGCCUGGAGCUCAAGCACAAGGAGGUGGCCAAAGCAGUGGAUUCUUCUAAGUUGCAGGCGUAAGUAUUUAUGUCCGUUUCAUGGUAUUCAUGUACAUUUUAUAUUAUAGCACUCUUGUGAAAUGUUAACACGUGCAUGAAACUACUCACUGAACUUUGGUGUCCUCCUGCAGUGCCAUUGCAACUGCCAUCCAGACCCGUUACAGCGUUGACAAGACCCUUGUGAAGGAGGUGCAGUAUGACUCUGAGGCUCGCCUGAUCAUCGUCGAUGUCCAGAAGGAGAAGGGAGACCGCAAAGCUGACCUAUCGCGUAUGGCCUACUACAUGGAGAAAGAUGUAAGCCAUGACCUCUCCCCACGCUUUGCUAUUUCACUUCAGUAACAAAAAUCAUGGUCUCCCUUGGAAAAUGUCUUGUGACCUCAGUUAAAUAAACAAAUUAUAGUCAAAGCCCAGAUUAUGAACCUGUGAAUAUUCCAUGUUAUUCCCAGGUCAAGGUGCUUCCCCUGUUCACUAACCCAGCUAAGUUUGAGCCCAGUGUGGACGGUCAGAAGCUGGAGAUGGAGAACAUCUUGGUGUACUAUGUGGAUGAGGAGGCCCCCACCUUCACCAUGAAGAGGCUGACCGGGGGUGUUAUCGCCGUCAUCGUGGUGGUCAUCCUGGCCGUGGCCGCAGGACUGCUGGUCCUUUUCUUUGCGAGGAAGCGAGAGCAGAAGUACAGCAAAGCAGAGGUGAGCGUUCCACUGAUAACGAGAUUAAGGAAGCGUUUGAAACAACGUGUCUAUAAACUGCUCCUGUUGUGGUCAUGGUUUUAUGAAUACAACCUUCAGUAUACAGUAAGGACAUUCACCAAAUUUAGAACCAUACUGGCACGUUGAAAAACCAAUUGCCCCCUGAUGCCUAAUGUUUUUGUUUGGUUCCUUGUCUUUCAGCCCAGGGAGCUGGAGAACCUGUAGACAACCCUUCACCUGAGUCUGUUCUGCGCUGGAAUAUGAACUUGUAUAUUACAAAAUAUUGUUACUUGAGAGAUGCCGUUUGUAAAGGAUUGGUGAUUUUAUUUGGCACUGUUACUUCCACCAGCAUCUUUAUAUAUAAGCUGUUGGAAUUUUUAGCUUAAUGUCUAUACAAUGCCAAAGCUACUGUGCUUCAGGAUAAAUGUCCAUGUUGAUUGAAAUGCAUCAAUGUUUUUAUUAAGUUUGAAUGCCGCAGACUGUACAGUUUCAUAUGCAUUGUGUUUUGAUGGCUUGUCUGUUUUUAAUAAAGUGUAUUUUAAAAUGUC